AUGGCGAACAAGGUGCUGCUGGCCUACGUGGCCGCCGACGCAGUCUUCGUCAUCACCGGAGCCAUUCUCCUCGGUUACUCCCUCAUCAACCAAAACACCGUGAACGAAGCACCGAAAGAGGGCGUCGAGGCCGCCACCAAGUUGCUCACGAAGCAAUUCCCUCUGACCGCUGGUGUCGUCAACGCCGUCUUCAUCUUCGUCACCUUCCUCAUGACCAUCCCGGGUAUGAUCACUCCCGCCCGUGGAUGGCUCAAGCUCUCGGGCUAUCUCGUCACCUUCUGCGGCCUCUUCAGUCUGGUCCUCGGAACCUACCUUUGGGUCACGACUCUCACCACCAAGGCCGACUUUGGCAAGCUCUGGAUUGCCGCCGACCCUAGCGUUCAAGAACUCAUGCAGACUGCUUUCCAAUGCUGCGGAUACUUCAACAGCACGUCUCCUGCCUUCGUCACCGAUGUUCAGUGCCCUAGCCCUGCCGCCGCUGCACUCCAGAAGGGCUGCGCCGCCCCGAUCACGAGUUUCGCCAACGUCUUCGUCGACAACAUUUUCACCGCCGUAUUCGGUAUGGUCGGCAUCGACGCCCUCCUCGUCGUCUGCACCGCCAUGCUCCUCAAGGACCGUAAGGAGCGCGAGCGCUAUCGCCACAUCGAUGAGAAGGCAGGCUACCGUGGAUUCUAA